AUGAGCGACCGUUGCUACAACUUCUCGGCCGGCCCCGCCGCCCUCCCUGAACCCGUCCUCAAGCAGGCGCAGAAGGACCUCUGGAACUUCGACGGCUCCGGCAUGGGCGUGUGCGAGCUCUCGCACCGCGGCAAGGAGUACGACCGCAUCCUCGAGGAGGCGAUCGCGGACUGCCGCGAGGUCGGGAACGUCCCGGACGACUGGCACGUGCUGUUCAUGCAGGGCGGCGCGACGAUGCAGUUCGCGUGCAUGCCGGCGAACUUCUCGGGCGAGGGCAAGACGACCGACUACAUCGAUACCGGCGAAUGGGCGCGCAAGGCGAUGGAAGAGGCGCAGCGCUUCCCGGGAACGGUGAACUGCGCCUUCUCCGGCCAGGGCGAGAACUACAACCGCCUGCCGAAGGACAGCGAGCUCAAGACGACCGAGGGCGCCGCGUACCUGCAGUUCUGCUCGAACAACACGAUCAUGGGCACGGAGUUCAAGCGCGUGCCGAAGGCGGCGGCGGGCGUGCCGAUCAUCCGCGACGCCUCGUCGGACAUGUACUCCCGCCCGAUCGACUUCUCCGAGCUGGACAUGAUCUACGCUUCGGCCCAGAAGAACCUCGGGCCGUCGGGCUGCGCGCUCGUGCUCAUCAAGGACUCGUUCCUGCAGAAGUCCGACGACAAGCACAUCGCGACGAUGAUGAGCUACAAGGUCAUGCAGAAGAAGGAGAGCCGCCCGAACACGCCCAACACCUUCGCGGUGUACCUCAUGGGCCAGGUGUUCAAGUGGAUCAAGGCCGAGGGCGGCCUGAAGGCGAUCGAGAAGUACAACGAGGAGAAGAUCGCGCCGCUGUACGACUUCAUCGACGGCUCGGACUUCUUCAUCCCCCACGCCGUGACCGAGGACCGCUCGAUCAUGAACGCGAGUUUCCGCACGCCGAACGAGGAGCUGGACAAGCUCUUCAUCAAGCAGGCGGAGGCCAAGGGCCUCAAGACCCUCGCCGGCCACCGCUCCAUCGGCGGCAUGCGCGCGAGCGUCUACAACGCCUUCCCGGCCAAGGGCAUCACCGCCCUCGUCGACUUCAUGAAGCAGUUCGAGCACGAGAACGCGGGGAAGACGACGGUCUCGGCCUGA